AUGGCUCCACACACAGCUACAAAUGGAACCCCUUCUACUUCUAAUAAUCAACCCAUUUUACCCGUUUUGACUGGACCUUCCAUGGCUAGAAAGAAGAGGAGGAUAAUCUUAUCUAACAAAAGAAGUGCAUCUAAUAUGUCAAACAAGGAAAAUCUCAAUGACACCAAUCCACCAGUUUUAAUCCCUACCCAAACACCGACAUCCCGCCAGCGUUUACCACUUACCGCAAAUCUAUCUAACUUGAUAAACACUGCACCCUCGCAUAGACAUGUAUGUCAAACAAGUUCAAAUAAUAAAAAAUCCAGGCUCAGGUUCAAUCCUGGACACAACCUUCUCGCAAGUUUCAACCAAACAGUUCGACCUUUCCGUAACACCGACGAGCCGUCUACUUCUAACGCCCCCAUCACAUCUCAUACUGCAUCAAGGACAUUGCCAACAGCGCCAACAGCGGCUUAUCUUUCAGAUGAUUCAGAUUCAAAUUCUGAAGAUGAAAACUUGUGUCAUAGUUCUGACGGUGAUGACGAAGUUGAUAACGAACCAUUGGUAGAUUCACAUUUAGAAGAAUAUUCUGACAUAGGCGAUCGGGUUUGGGAAUGUCACUCUUGCCACGCCGUAAUGUGGUACCAGGAACGCAAAGCAAAUACACGUCAUAGCACAGUUCCAAGAUUCAGUCGAUGUUGUAGGAGUGGCAAAGUUGUGUUGCCGUUACUAAAUGAUCCGCCGCAACUGCUGCAAAAUCUUUUAUACAACGGGACAUCUUCGGAAAGUCGAAACUACCAGGCCAACAUCCGGACUUACAAUGCAAUGUUUUCAUUCACGUCACCUGGAAUGAAAUUCGACACAACUUUAGCUGAUGGAGGAGGCCCCCCUACUUUAAGACUGCACGGUCAAACUUGUCAUCGAAUUGGUACAUUGAUACCAGAAGAUGGAGACUCUCCGCAAUUUGCACAACUUUAUAUUUUUGACACCGACAAUGAGGUAGAAAACCGAGUGAAGUGUUUCAGUGACAACGACAACAUAGACAGGGAUAUUGUAUCUAAGUUGAAGAUUAUGUUGGACGACUGCAAUCCACAUGCUAAGGCCUUUCGAAUGGCACGAGAUCUGUUAAAAGCCAACGCUUUCUUAGACUUGAAGCUACGGCUAAUUAGCGAUAGACCGGGAGAUGGUCGGGUCUACAACACACCGACUGUGUCAGAAGUUGCUGCUCUUAUUGUUGGUGAUAUCGACCCUUCAACGCCGAGAGACAUCAUUAUUCACGCACGCAAUGAACAUUUGCAGCAAAUUACUGAGUUUCAUCCUGCAUACUUGGCAUACCAAUACCCUCUAAUUUUUUUGUAUGGUGAGGAUGGAUACAGAAAAAACAUCCUACACAGAUAUGAGCAUGAAAGGGAGGUGACCAGAAAGAAUCGUCAAUCGAUCAAAGAUUGGCUGUCAUUUAGAUUGCAAGAGCGCCCAAUGGAGGCAACGACUUUGCUUCAUUCGAGACGUCUUUUUCAGCAGUUUUUGGUUGAUGGAUUCGCAAUGAUGGAGUCGGAACGACUUAACUGGUUGAGGACUAAUCAAUCCAAAUUACGCGUUGGCAAGUAUAACCAGCUGCAAGCGGAGGUCAAUGGUAACCAAACAAAUACCCCGUCAAAGAGAGGAAAACGUGUCGUCUUGCCAUCAACUUUUGUUGGAAGCAAACGAUAUAUGGAUCAGCUUUAUUUUGAUGGUAUGGCCAUUUCCAGCAAGUUAGGAUUCCCUGAUUUGUUUGUUACAUUUACUUGUAAUCCGGCGUGGCCUGAAAUAGCACGUGCACUCGCAAACACAACGUUAAAGCCACAUGAUAGACCUGAUCUCAUUUCCAAAGUCUUCAAAAUCAAAUUCGACGAGCUCAUGACUGACAUAACUAAACGACAUGUGCUCGGGAAGGUGAUCGCAUUUAUGUACACGAUUGAGUUUCAGAAACGUGGACUGCCACAUGCUCACAUUUUGGUCUUCUUACACCCACAAAGCAAAUAUCCAACACCAUCUGACAUAGAUAAGAUAAUAUGUGCUGAGAUUCCUGACCCCGCUCUUCAUCCAAGGUUAUACAACUUGGUGUCGGCACACAUGAUGCAUGGACCUUGUGGUAGAUCGCGGUUGAGGUCACCGUGUAUGAAGAAUGGAAAAUGCUCUAAAUAUUUCCCCAAAAACUACCAAGAGGCUACGGUUGUUGAUGCUGAUGGGUAUCCUUUGUACAGAAGACGAUCCAAUUCCCAUGUGAUUCUAAAAAAUGGUAUAUCUAUGGACAACCGACAUGUUGUACCUUACAACACAAGAUUGAUUCUAAAAUACCAAGCACAUAUUAAUAUGGAGUGGUGUAACCAAAUUACAUCUAUCAAAUACCUCUUCAAGUACAUACACAAGGGAUUUGAUAGAAUCACAGCAACAAUUACAGCCUCAAACUCCAGUUCGGGAAGCAACAAAGAGCCGGUUGAUGAAAUCAAACAAUAUCUAGAUUGUCGAUAUAUGUCUCCGAGUGAAGCGUGUUGGAGAAUUUAUUCUUAUAAGAUUCAUGGCAGGAGGCCCGCAGUGGAGCGUAUGUUUUAUCAUUUAGUAGGUGAAAAAGCAGUUUACUACGCCGACCACGACAGAAUGGAAAAUAUAUUAGAAAAGGCAAGUGUUACGGAGUCGAUGUUCACUGCUUGGUUGGUUGCUAACGGGAAAUAUGAAGAAGCAAGAGAACUGACAUAUGGUCAAUUUGUCUCCAAAUUUGUUUAUGACAAGAGGAGCAGAACUUGGAAACCGCGGAAAAAGGGGUUCACUAUUGGCCGUUUGAUAUGGGUUCCUCCCACCACAGGAGAACUAUUUUACCUACGAAUGAUGUUGACGGUAGUCAAGGGACCUUCAACAUAUGAUGAAAUUCAUAAAGUCGGCGGCACUCAGUUUGAUACUUUUAGGGAUGCUUGCUUUGCAAUGGGAUUCCUCGAAGACGACCGGGAAUAUAUUGGAGCAAUAAAGGAAGCAAGUGAGUGGGGUUCGGGUCACUUUCUCCGCAAACUCUUUGUGAUCAUCCUCUUGUCCGGUAAUGUUAAUAGGCCUGCUCAUGUUUGGAACGAGUCAUGGAUACUGUUAUCCGAUGGUCUGCUGCAUGAUCAAAGAUUGCUGGCUCACAAUAAAGAUUUGGUUCUGGCUGACGAGCAGCUGAUGAAUUUGACUUUAAUUGAAAUUGAAAAACUGCUUCAAGCAAAUCGGCGUACUCUUCAUGAUUUUAAACCUAUUCCAUAUCCAGACGGAUAUGUUCUACAACAAUUAGGCAACCGAUUAAUUUAUGAUGAACGAAACUAUGAUGUGGAUGCAAUGCGAACGGAGUUCACGCAACUUUUCAAUGCUUUCACAGCUGAACAAAAAACAAUCUUUGACAAAAUUAUGGCGUCUGUCCAUAGUCAAAAGGGUGGGGUGUUCUUCUUACACGGUUACGGCGGAACAGGGAAAACUUACAUGUGGCGAACACUUGCAAGUGCUUUAAGGUCCAAACAUGAUAUAUGUUUAACCGUCGCGACCAGUGGAAUAGCUUCUCUUCUGUUGCCCGGCGGUAGGACUGCACAUUCUAAGUUCAAGAUACCGGUGCCAACAAUGGAAAACUCGACCUGCAAAAUUCUAUACAACGAUGAAGUUGCAGAACUACUAAGGCAGACUAAGCUUAUUAUAUGGGAUGAAGCUCCCAUGGCACACAAACAUGCUUUUGAAGCACUUGACCGAACAUUGAAGGAUGUCAUGAGUACGUACAGUAAUUCAAAGGAUGUGUUUGGUGGUAAGGUAGUUGUGUUCGGUGGAGAUUUUAGACAAAUUUUGCCUGUUGUUCCCAGAGGUAGUCGUUCCGAUAUCGUACACUCUGCAAUAAAUGCUUCGUACAUAUGGCGUUCAGUCCAAGUUUUAACUUUAACACAAAACAUGAGACUUCAAUCUGGGCCAAAUGAACAUGAAAAGAAAGAAAUUGCUGACUUCUCAAAGUGGCUACUGCAAAUAGGCGAAGGCAAACUCUCUGAACCAAAUGAUGGUUUCGCCGAUAUUGAGCUGCCACCUGAACUGUUAAUUACAGAUUAUGACGACCCUAUUGUUGCUAUUGUCAAUAGUACAUACCCGGAUUUCAUCCUUCAUUACCAGUCCAACGACUACCUCAAAAGUCGCGCGAUACUUGCUUCUACAUUAGAAGUUGUUGAUCAGAUAAACGAUCACGUCCUUGAUUUGAUGCCAGGGGAAAUAAAGGAUUACUACAGCUCUAAUUCUGUAGAUAAAUCGGAAAUUCACGACACCAAUGUAGUGGACAUCCUGACACCCGAGUUUUUGAGUUCACUAAGCACUUCAGGCUUGCCUAAUCAUCACAUUAAGCUGAAGGUUGGAACACCUGUUAUGCUUAUGCGAAAUAUAGAUCAGUCAGAGGGUUUGUGUAACGGCACUCGGGUUAUGAUAACUAAGAUGGCCAACCAUGUGCUUGAAGCAAAAGUUAUGGCAGGAAAAGGCGUUGGAAAUACGGUCUAUAUCCCUCGAAUGGACAUGUCACCCUCGCAAUCCCCUUGGCCUUUCAAACUCAGCCGGCGUCAGUUUCCAGUUGUGGUCUCAUAUGCAAUGACGAUCAACAAAUCGCAAGGACAGUCGCUGGAUACCGUUGGACUCUAUUUGCCAAGAGAUGUGUUCACUCAUGGGCAAAUCUAUGUUGCAAUCUCGAGAGUGACGACUAAAAAGGGUAUCAAAAUAUUAGUAUACGAUGAAAAUGAUAAGGGGAAGUCGACAACGGCCAAUGUUGUUUACAAAGAGGUUUUCCACAAUAUAUAA